CAAAGCUGUCUAAUCUCAGAAAACCUCACUGACAUUAUCCCUUGGUGGCUGGGCACGGGAUCAGGCUCCCCAGGAAGGCGGUCACAGCUCCAUGCCUCACACAGUUGCACAGUGCUCUCCGGCACACGGUGUGACUCCUGGGGAUGGCCGGCGAUGAUCCCUGUGUGUUCCUUCCAUCUCAGAUUGUUCUAUGAUUCUGUGACACUGUUAACACCGGGUGAGCUCCAAAAAACACCACAGCCCCCCUCGAAAAGAAUGCAAAGCGAUCCGGUUUCUAAACCCGGCCCCUUUCUGGGCCCAUGGCAGGAAGCGGCCGGAGAGCGGCGGGACGCGGCGGGAAGGGGCAGGAGAGCGGCAGGGAGCGCAGCGGAGGCGCGGAGCUCGUUCCCCGCUGCCCCGCGGGCUCCGGCAGCGCCGCCUCCCGCGGCCGCGGCGGGAGCGGGGCCCUGAGGCGUUCGUGUCCCGGCCUAACGCGGGCAGCGCUGCCCUGGGAGACGAGGGAGCACUGAAGCGAGAUGCGGCCAGCGCGGGGGCCCGGCGGCAUGGCGGGGAUCCCCGGCGAGCUCAGCCUCAUGGAUAAGGGCGUUAAGAGCCUGAGGGAUGUGUCCCUGAGCUCGGACCUGCACACGCUCAACGCCCACUGUAACCUCAUCGCCAGGAUCCAAGGGCUCGACCACCUCCGGAAUCUGCAGCACUUGGAUCUGUCUUCGAACCAGAUCCGCCGCAUCGAGGGGCUCGGUUCCCUGGCUAGGCUGCGCACCCUGAGCUUGUCCUGCAACCUGCUGACCAAAGUGGAGGGACUGGAAAAACUCUUUAAUUUAACUAUGCUGAACUUGUCAUAUAAUCGCAUACAUGAUCUCUCUGGAUUUCGAUCCCUUCAUGGAACCAGACAUAAGAUUAGCCACAUUGACCUUCACAGCAACUGUGUAAACAAUAUGAAUCACUUACUUCAGUGCACAAAGGGGCUGCACUGUUUGACAAACCUCACGCUGGAAAGGAACGGAAAAGCCAAUCCAGUUUGUCACAUAGCAGGUUAUAGAGAAACUGUUCUUCAGUCAUUGCCCCAGCUAACAGCUCUAGAUGGAAGAAAUAUUUCUGGUGAACCAGUGGACCUGGCAGAAGAAAAUUAUUCAGAUUUGCAGGGUUUAGAAGACAUUUUGGGCUCUUUGGUUUCAUCUGAGUGCCCUUCCACCCGAGAUCAGAACAAUGUUCCCUUACCGCUGGCGACACCACACAUCGACCAGGCACUGGCUCAGUUUCGGCAGCGUUCAAGGGUACCAGUGCAAGGUGCCACCAGCUCCUCCACAGAGCUUGUCUCAUCUUCUGAACCCGAGAAAACCCAGCUUGAUAAAAUACACAAUGAGAUGAGAAUUAGAAAAAUAGAAGAUCAAAUUUUACAGAUACUACAAAAGGUAUCUGAUAGUUCAAGACAGGAAGCUGCUCCAAGUGCUCUCAAAGCUAAGAGAGACACGGAUCCGACUUCUGAGAGUGAAAAUGAGAGUGGAAAAGAGAACAACAGAAAGGUCAUGAAAGGAAGCAAGAUCCCCACUUACCGUAAAACUGCAUUAUCUACAAAAGGUCAUGCAAGUCAUCUAAAGAAGAAAAUUACUAACAGGGAAGAGAAGAAGAGUUCCUCUAAGUGUCCAUGCUCCAUUCAGAAUGACUCUCCUUUUAAAGUAGUGGGAAGAAAAGCUGAAAUAUUAACUGGAAGACAGAGCAAUAUGGAAAAAGUAGAAGAAUGCAAUUCAAAUCCCAUAGAGGAAUCAACAUACCGAGCACUAAUUCAAGAACUGGAUCAGGAGAAAGAAAGGAGGUGGAAAGCAGAGCAAGCAGAGAAGAAAUUAUUAGAGCAUGUCAGUGAGCUACAGAAGCAUGCAAAAGAAGAAAAGAAUAUUCAGAGUAUGGCUUUAUUUACCAGAGACAGGUUAAAGGAAUUGAUAUUGAAAGAGAGAGAUGCCAAAGCAAGACUGCAAGCAGAUGUCCAACAGCUGAAAGGUGAAACUGAAAGACUUACUAAUGAGCUAAAUCAGGCAAGAAAUAAAGAAGCAGAAUAUCAGAAGGCCAUGCGAGCUUUAGAAGAAGCACUGUCCAAGAUGGAGACACAGAGGUUGCAGCAGCGAGCAGCAGAGAUGAAACAGGUGCAAGAAGCAGAGCUUAAAGCAUCAGCAAAUGAAAGAGAAGUACAGUUACUUCGAAUAUCUGUCCGACAACAGAAGGAGAAGGUAAAACAACUACAUGAGCUUCUGGUAUUAAGAGAGCAAGAGCAAAGGAAAGAACUUGGAACCCGAGUUGCUUUAAAUGGACCUGAAUUUCAAGAUGCUUUGGCAAAAGCAGUGGCUAAAGAGGAGCAGAGGCAUGAACAGCAUGUUAGAGAAUUGCAGGAGAAAAUUCACAUGUCAAACCAGAAGUACAGAGAGCUAGAAGAUGAAUUUCGUUUAGCUUUAACUAUCGAAGCUAAAAGGUUUAAAGAGGUAAAACAGGGGUUUGAAAAGGCUUCUGCUGAUCUAGUUGAACACAAACAAGCCCUGUUUGAAUUGGAACAAAGGGAAAAAGACAUGGCAAGUCUGAUCCAAGACCUGACAAAUUUAGUAGAAGAACAGAAAGCAAAAAUUGCAGAACUAACAAAAUCAAACGAAGAAGCUACAGCAAACCUAAAGUGUCGAACUGGAGAACUUGAAACUCUAAUUGAGGAGGACAAACAAAAGGCUAUUCAAGUGGAACUUCUAAAAAAAGAAAAUGUAAAACUUAUUUCCCAGCUGACAGCCCAGGAAUCUGUGAUUGAUGGAUUAAAAAUGGAAAGAAAAAUAUGGGGGCAGGAGUUGGCAGAACAGGGAGCUCAUCUUGCACAAGAUCGGGGGAAACUGGAGGCAAAAAUUGAAAUUUUAACAAAUGAGAUUGACACGUUAAAAAAGCAGAAGGAACAGGACAGUGAUACCAUAAAAAUUAAAAACAAAAUAGUGGAUGAUCAGACAGAAACAAUUAGGAAACUAAAAGAAGGCUUACAAGAAAAAGAUAAACAAAUCAAAAAACACCAUGAAGAAAAUCGGGAAGCUCAGAAAUUGCUUCAAAUACAGUUGGAUGAAAAAGCUGCUGAAUGUGAAAAGCUAAUGAAAAAAUUAGAAAGGCAAAAUGAAAGAAAAGAGGAAUUAAAGCAACUGCUAGAAGAAAAAGAAGUGGAACUUGAUGACAUUAAGAAUGCACACAGUGCACUGAAAAAGAGGUGGCAAGGUAAAGGAGAGCUAUUAAGCCAGCUGGAGGUGCAGGUUAAACAAAUGAAGGAGAACUUUGAUUUCAAAGAGAAGAAGCUGAUUGAAGAGAGAAAUAAAAGUCUUCAAACUCAAAAGAUUGCUGUGGAAAAGCUUCAUAAAAUGGAUAAUGCCUUCAGAAAGCAACUUGAGUCAGUGUUGGCAGCACAUCAGGAAGAACUCUUGCAGCUGGAAAAUGAAAAGGAAAAACAAAUUGAAGCAGCAAAUGAAAAAGUCUACUCUGUUGAAGAAGAAAUGCGGGAGCUUCUGCAAGAAAUGGCAAACAAUAAAAAAGCCAUGGAAAAUAAAAUACGACGACUUACAAAUGCAUUGAAUGAUAUUCAGCAAGACUUUGAAGAUUAUUAAUAUUUAUACUAAAAAUGUAUAUUACACAAGCAGUUUCAUCCACUACAACGCACUUUUCCUUGUUUUCUAGAGAAUUAAGUCUUUGUUGUAUAUUUUGAUAGUUCAGGGAGCAGACAAAUGUUUUUAUGUUAUUUUCAUAAUAAACAGUUAUUUCUAA